UCGUGGGCUGGGCUGGGCUGGCCCGGCUGUUGGUCGCUCCGUGUCGGGCCUGCUUCCCCGGCGUCAGCGAGAGACUUAGGCGGGCCACCCGGAACGGCGGCGGAAUCAGCGGACGCGCGCGUUUGUGCGCCAGGGAGCGCGCUCGCGGCCAGGGCGGGGGAGGGGCCGCCCGGGCUGUGCUUAGACUCCGGGUGCUGGGGGACACGCCUGCUACCUGACCUGGCCCGGCUCCUGGGGGUGUUGCCGGGUCUGUGCGCCGGGACGGAAAACGUCCCUGCUGCCUUCCACGGACGACUGAAAAAUGAGUCUCAGGAGGAGGGCUGCCGACCUGAUGUAGCCUAGGGUCUUUCUCAUCAGGGUGCUAUCGGUGGGGGUCAGAGGACUCAGGGUGUGGAGACCCUUCCACUGGUUAGCACGGUCCAGACAAGGCACUAAAUGCCAGUAGCUGCCCCCAUCCAUUUAUGACAACCCUCAAAGUGCCCCCCCCCCCGCAGCCUCCCAAAUUAACAAACGUUGGCAGUGCUCCUCCCCUAAUCGCAGGCUUUAGCACUUUCUAGGUUAGAAUUUGGUUCACUUGUGAGCUUCCAAGUUUCCAGAUCUGUGAACUUUAAUAGGUAACCUUGCAGGGUGAUUGUAAAGAUCAGAAAUAACGUGAGCAGAGUCUGAUAGCGGAUAAUAAUAGCUGCUCAACAAAUGGUUACUUAUAUGUGUAACCAUGUAACUUAUAAGAAUGCUUAUAUAUAGGUGCACAUUUAAAAAUUCUGAUUUGUUAAAGCCUUAAUAACAAGUAUGCAUUUGUGGUAGGUAAUUUAGGUGUUUUUGUUUGUUUGUUUGGUAACUAAUGGGAGCAGAUCCUCCGGAAGUCGAUGGGCUAUAAACUCAUAAGCCCUCUAUUAAGUGAAACUUUUUCUUACUACUAUAAUAGUGUGUAUUAAUUAACACCAGAUUUAAAUAUUAUUUAAGAUGUAUAGUUUUCCCCUUAAUGGCAUUUCACCUAAAUUGCUGUCCUAAUUCAGGAAACAAUUAAAUUUGAAUAAGUUUACACAUCAGUAUCUUGCUAUUUGAAAUCUUGGCACUUGUUAUUUAAAACUCAGAAGCCAAAUUCAUUUAGAUAGGGAAGGAUUUUUGUACAUAAGCAUUUUAAAAUUUUAUUUUAUGAAAUACGCUUUUCCUUUUUUCUUAAAGUGGUGCUGAGGCUUGAACCUAGGGUCUUGAGCGUGCUAGGCAAGUACUGUAGCCCUGAGCUAUGCUCCUAGUUCCUCAUUCAUUUUUUUUUAAAGAUAUUUGAAUGUAGGUUUCUCUGUAAGAAAUACUUCAGCUGCUUUCCAGAAAGUUUGAGAUACUGUUUUUAUUAUCAUUUGUUAUGAAAAAUGUGUUUUAAUUUUCUAUAUCUAUUUUGACUAUGGGUUAUUUUAAUAAAUCCCAUAAAUUGGGAUUUUUCUAAAUAUUGUUAUUCAUUUCUAAUUGCACUGUAGCUAGAGAAUAUGUACUUUAAGUUUCCAGUCUUUUGAAAUUUAAUUAUACAUAUAAUCUGUUUUGAUAGUGUUUAUUAUGCAAAAAUCAGUGUAUAUUCUGCAGUUGUUGGGUCUAGUGUCUUGUAAAUAUUAAUUAGUUGGCUAUAAUGUUAUUCACAUUUUCUAUAUCCUUAUUGAUUUUUGGUUUUGCAUAUUUAUCAGUUACUGAGGAAGGGUAUAAAAAUCUCCAACUCACACUGAAGAUUUGUCCUUUAGAAUUGUUACUAGAUACAUACACAUUUAGGGUUAUGUGUUCUAGAUGAUUUGAAUUAUUUGUUCUAGUGGAAUAUCACCCCCUGUCCUCUAGAACUAGGGAUUGAAUUUGGGGCUUCAUGCAUGCUAGGCAGGCACUGUAUGGUUAAACUACACCCCCAGCCCUGAAAUAGUCUUUUUAUUUCUCUUCAUAUGACAUCUACAUGUACUAGUAUAGCCACAGUAAUUAUUUAUUUUUCAUGAAUUAUUUUUCAUAAGAAAAUGACUCUUUAUUUUUCUCUUUGUCUUGGUCACAUACUAGCCAUAUCAACUUUCCUAUGUUUGCUCUUUGCAUAGACUUUUUCUCAUCCUUUUAUUUUCAACCUAUCCAUAUUUUUAUAUUUAAAUUGUCUCUUGCAGAUGGCAUAUAAUUGGGUCUUGCUUUUUACAAUUAGAUAAACUCUGUCUUGUAAUUUGAGUGUUUAGUCUGUUUGUAUUUGCAGUUUUUGAUAUUGCUUCCCUGUUGCCAUGAGUUGAGCAUGCCUUUCUGCCAUGACGCUUUACCUCAUCUCAAGCUCAAAGUAGUGGAGCCAGUUGACCUUGCACUGAAACCUCUGAUACGCACUCAAUAUCAUCUUCUCUUUAGCAUUCCUGAGAGGAUUUGGUUCUUCCCAGAGACAAUCCCACCUCAGAAACACUUCUCCUAAAAGAACUUGUGAAGCCAGACAAUGCCCAUUGACCUGGGGCAGGCCCUAGGCCUGCUGCCCUCAUUGUCGAGGAGUGAAGACUUUUCCUUCUCUGGACCAGAUGCUGCCCCUCAAGGGGAGCUCUCCAGCCCUGAGACUGCACGCCAGCUCUUCAGACAGUUUCGUUACCAAGUGCUGUCUGGGCCCCACGAGACCCUCAGACAACUUCGAAAGCUCUGUUUCCAGUGGCUGCGGCCAGAGGUUCAUACCAAGGAGCAGAUCCUAGAGAUUCUCAUGUUGGAGCAGUUUCUGACCAUUCUCCCUGGAGAGAUCCAGAUGUGGGUGCGGAAACAGUGUCCAGGCAGUGGAGAAGAAGCAGUGACCCUUGUGGAGAGUUUAAAAGGAGAUCCGAGGAGACUGUGGCAGUGGAUCAGCAUUCAAGUUCUAGGACAGGAAAUCUUAUCAGAGAAGAAGGAAUCCUCCAUAUGCCAAGUGGGUGAAGUGGAGCCCCAGCUUGAAGUGGCACCUCCAGAGUUGGGACUUCAGAGUACAUCCACAGGACCUCGGGAGCUGCUCAGUCACAUGGUGAAAGAGGAAUCUGAAGUGGAACCAGAAUUAGCUCUGGCUGCUUCCCAGCUUCCUGCCCAACCUGAGGACAGGCUCAUUAGAGACCAGGACUUUGGAGCUGCACUUCUCCCUGCAGCCCCUCAGGAGCACUGGAGACACCUGGAUUCCAGUCAAAAGGAGCAAUACUGGGAUCUCAUGCUGGAGACCUAUGGGAAAAUGGUCUCAGGAGGCAUUUCCAACACUAAACCUGACCUAACUAAUUCAACAGUAUAUGGGCAAGAGCUGACAGGACUGCAGCUUCAUGUCAGUGAGAAGAUCCCACGACUCACUUGUGUAGGAGAUAGACAAGAGAACGACAAAGAGAACUUGAACUUGGAAAAUCACAGGAACCAGGAACCACUGGUUGCUUCAUGUCACACCUUGGGUGAGGCACUUCCUCAGCCUGCCUUGAAGGACUUCUUCAGUGAAGAUGACUCUGGACACUUUGGAGAAGGGGAAAAUCUUCCUGAGGCACCAGAAAACCUUCAGAGUGAGGGGGCAGGGGAACAACUCUCUCCUCAUGGAAGGAGUUCUGAGAAGCAAGUAGGUCAGUCUAUGCCAAAUCCACCUCCAGCAGAACUGUCUGCCAUGUGGUUGGAGGAGAAAAGAGAGGCCAGUCAGAAGGGGCAGCCUCGAGCCCCCAUGGCCCAGAAACUCCCCACCUGCAGGGAGUGUGGGAAAACCUUUUAUAGGAAUUCACAGUUGGUUUUUCACCAAAGAACUCAUACCGGAGAGACAUACUUUCAGUGCCCCAUCUGCAAAAAAGCCUUUCUGCGGAGCUCAGACUUUGUGAAACAUCAGAGAACGCACACAGGAGAGAAGCCCUGUAAAUGUGAUUACUGUGGGAAAGGCUUUAGUGACUUCUCAGGAUUGCGCCACCACGAGAAAAUCCACACAGGAGAGAAACCCUAUAAAUGUCCCAUCUGUGAGAAAAGCUUUAUUCAGAGGUCGAACUUUAAUAGACAUCAGAGAGUUCACACAGGAGAGAAACCUUAUAAAUGUUCUCACUGUGGCAAAAGUUUCAGCUGGAGCUCAAGCCUUGACAAACAUCAGAGAUCCCACUUAGGAAAGAAGCCUUUUCAGUAGCCAUGCUCGCUCAGACCCCGUGUGUCCCCAGCUCUAUUUUAAAAAUGCUCAGUCCUACCUGGAGGAACAGCAUUCCUAAGAGGAUAUCUUGUUCUCUCUUUUCAUGGAUUGGAGGGAGAGAACCUGGACAUGGUUUUGGAUUGGAAGAUGUAUCAACCUCUGGAUCAGAUUUUACAGUGGCUUAAAUUCUUGCUGCUUUAUCAGGAGAAAGAAUAGUAUUUUUUUGUUUCAGGCCAUCUCUUUUUUUGGACCUGUUGCAAAGUUUCACUUAGAGGUUGGUUUUAGAAAUGCUCCCUGGAGAGAGUUUAACCAAGUGGCUGCAAUCAUUGCUUGUGGGAAGAACCUCAAAUCAGUCCUUGAGGAUUAGGGUUCUAGGGCAGGUAUCCUGAUGCAGAAGGGGAGGCAUAGAGGGCCAGUGAGCUCACAUAGGUAAAAAAGUUAACUUCAAGUGUCUUUUGUUUGAAAUAAACUUGGUUGAGUCACUCCCUAUUAUA